AUGCCCCAGCUCGGCGGCGGCGGCGGCGGCGGGGGAGGCGGCGGCGGCGGCGGCUCGGGCGCCGGGGCGGCCGGCGGAGGGGACGACCUCGGGGCCAACGACGAGCUGAUCCCCUUCCAGGACGAGGGGGGCGAGGAGCAGGAGCCGAGCAGCGACAGUGCCUCGGCGCAGCGGGACCUGGACGAAGUCAAGUCGUCCCUGGUCAACGAGUCGGAGAACCAGAGCAGCAGCUCGGACUCGGAGGCGGAGAGGCGUCCGCAGCCCGCCCGGGACGCUUUCCAGAAGCCGCGGGACUAUUUCGCCGAAGUGAGAAGGCCCCAGGACGGCGCGUUCUUUAAGGGUCCCCCCUACCCUGGGUACCCGUUCCUGAUGAUCCCGGACCUGAGCAGCCCGUACCUCCCCAACGGACCCCUGUCUCCGGCAGGAGCGCGCACGUACCUGCAGAUGAAAUGGCCCCUCCUCGAUGUCCCCGCCAGCGCCACGGUCAAGGAUACCAGGUCACCGUCCCCAGCACACUUGUCUAAUAAAGUUCCUGUUGUUCAGCACCCGCACCACAUGCAUCCGUUGACGCCCCUCAUCACCUACAGCAACGACCACUUCUCCCCUGGCUCCCCUCCCACACACCUCUCCCCAGAGAUCGAUCCAAAGACAGGAAUCCCCCGGCCCCCUCACCCAUCUGAGUUGUCUCCGUAUUACCCACUGUCUCCUGGAGCUGUCGGGCAAAUCCCCCAUCCCCUCGGCUGGCUCGUCCCACAGCAAGGACAGCCCAUGUACUCCCUUCCUCCCGGCGGCUUCCGGCACCCCUACCCUGCGCUCGCCAUGAAUGCCUCAAUGUCCAGCCUGGUUUCCAGUCGGUUCUCCCCUCACAUGGUGGCUCCGGCCCAUCCUGGUCUGCCCACCUCAGGGAUCCCCCACCCCGCUAUCGUCUCCCCCAUCGUCAAGCAGGAACCGGCGCCCCCCAGCCUGAGCCCGGCCGUGAUCGCGAAAUCACCCGUCACAGUGAAAAAAGAGGAAGAAAAGAAACCCCACGUGAAGAAGCCUCUGAAUGCCUUCAUGUUAUAUAUGAAGGAGAUGAGGGCCAAGGUGGUGGCCGAGUGCACCCUGAAGGAGAGUGCAGCCAUUAACCAGAUCCUGGGGAGAAAGUGGCACAACCUGUCCCGAGAAGAACAGGCCAAGUACUAUGAACUGGCCCGGAAGGAGCGGCAGCUUCACUCGCAGCUCUACCCGACCUGGUCGGCCCGGGACAACUACGGUAAGAAAAAGAAGAGGAAGCGAGAAAAGCAGCUGUCCCAGACCCAGUCCCAGCAGCAAGUCCAGGAGGCAGACGGCGCUCUGGCCUCCAAAAGCAAGAAGCCAUGUGUCCAGUACCUGCCCCCUGAGAAGCCCUGCGACAGCCCUGCCUCCUCCCACGGCAGCAUGCUGGACUCGCCGGCCACACCCUCCACGGCCUUGGCCUCCCCGGCUGCCCCGGCCGCCACCCACUCAGAGCAAGCCCAGCCCCUCUCCCUCACCACCAAGCCAGAGACCCGGGCCCAGCUGGCUCUCCACUCGGCUACCUUCCUGUCAGCGAAGGCUGCCACCACCUCCUCUGGCCAGAUGGGCAGCCAGCCCCCCGUCCUGUCCCGGCCCGUCCCCUUGGGGUCCGUGCCCACAGCUCUGCUGACGUCCCCUCCUUCCUUCCCAGCCACGCUCCAUGCCCACCAGGCCCUCCCCGUGCUCCAGGCCCAGCCUCUUUCCUUGGUCACCAAGUCUGCCCACUAAGCUGCCCACUGACCUAUGCAGGCUGUCACGUGACUCAUCGAGUAGUAAUGAUGCAGAAGAAGAAGAAGAAGAAGAAAGGAGACUUUAUUGGUCAAUAUUUGACCACUCUGGACUGUUCCGUAAAGUGACUGGUAACCGCAGCACUUUACAUUUUGUAGAUGUAACCAGUAGCUGAUCUUAAGGCUUUUUUAAAAAACAAAACAAAACAAAACAAAAAUCUUUAAAAAAACGAGAACUGAAAAGUAGUGUGUUAUUCUUCCUGUAUGUGCAGCGGUGGGUGGACCUGGGCAGAAGGCACCUCUGUCUCUACCUCCUGGACUCUCUGCCGUCCCCCGUCUUCCCGUCACCCCCCAGCACCCUGGCUUCCCCCACCCAGCCUGCAUGUUGGCCGCGGCUGCCAUUUCUAGCCCGCAGCCUCUUCAUCUACAUCCCAUUCCUGGACAUCCCCUUUUCCUCGGCCCACGUUUUUCUCCUUUGCUCAGCUCCGUGGGUUCUUGCCUUCAUCUGCGUUCUCUGCCCAGUGUAAGGCUGUCACCGUGUGUGAAGACACCUUGGCCUCGUUUGUCUCCACCAGCAUCCCUUUGCCCUCAGUGGCCCUGACGCCCCAGUCUCCAGCUUUUGGUGGGGGAAGAGGUCCUCUGCAGUGGUUCUUCCCCGCAUUUAAAGGGACUCAAGGUGCCUGCCACUUCCUCAGCGAAGAAGCCUGUGUACCACCCCCUUACCAGUCGAGAUGUCCCCUCACAGCCCCAGAGUGGCAGACAGGACCUGGCUCCGAGGUCUGGCUCCUGUCACCCGGGUCCGUGCUAGCACAAUCUGCCAAAGCUCUAAAGACCCUCCUCCCUCCCCCAUCACCUCACAUGCUUCUUCUGUGUGUAUUUCUUUUCAUUUUUAUGGGGUUUUUUGGAGCGAUUUAAACUCCCAGUUGUUUAUUUUCACAAAAGAAAAUAAAAUUGCAGUUGCAAGACC